AUGCUCGAUCCGAAGAGCAUAACCGCGCUCGAGGAUAUCGGGGGCAUAGAGGGGCUCACCAAGGGGCUGGGGACGUCCGAGGCGCGUGGCCUCUCCGAUACGUCGGGCGGCCACAAGCCACCGCCGGGCUCGAACCCUCCUACCCCGGGAGGUGCGCCGCCGUCGGGCGCGACGGACCCCUUCAACGCCACUAUCGAGGACCGGCAGCGUGUGUAUGGGCCGAACACCAUCCCUGCGCGCGCCAGCAAGACUUUGCUGCAGCUCAUGUGGAUCGCGUUGAAGGAUAAAGUCUUGGUCUUGCUAUCUAUCGCGGCAGUGAUUUCGCUCGCACUGGGUCUCUUCCAGGAUUUCGGGCCUUCGCACGACCCAGAUGACCCACAAGUCGAUUGGGUCGAAGGUGUUGCGAUCGUGGUUGCCAUCAUCAUUGUCGUUAUGGUUGGCUCCCUUAACGACUGGCAGAAGGAACGGCAAUUCAAGACGCUGAACGAGAAGAAGGAGGAGCGUGGUGUCAAGGUCAUUCGCGACGGCGUCGAGAAGGUCAUUGACAUCAAGCAAGUCGUUGUUGGCGAUAUUGCGCUUCUGGAGCCUGGUGAAGUCGUCCCGUGCGACGGUAUCUUCCUUUCCGGACACAACGUCAAGUGCGACGAGUCUGGCGCCACUGGUGAAUCCGAUGCUAUCCGCAAGCUCCCGUACGCGGACUGCAUCGCGCUGCGGGAUAAGUACUUCGAAGAGAAGUCCUCCCAGGGCAUUACGGUCGACAGGGACGAGAUCCCCGGCCACACGGACUGCUUCGUCGUUUCUGGCAGCAAGGUGCUCGAGGGUGUUGGCAAGUACGUCGUCGUCGCUGUCGGUCAGAAGAGCUUCAACGGUCGUAUCAUGAUGGCACUUCGCUCGGAUGGCGAGAACACGCCUCUGCAGCUGAAGCUCAACAACCUUGCGGAGCUGAUUGCGUACAUCGGUGGCGGCGCUGGUCUUCUGCUGUUCGUGGCGCUUUUGAUCAGGUUCUUCGUACAGCUUGGGACGGGCGAGCCAGUGAGGUCCGCAAGCGAGAAGGGUAUCGCUUUCGUGAAUAUCCUUGUCAUCUCGGUCACCCUCGUUGUCGUCGCUGUUCCCGAAGGUCUUCCUCUCGCCGUCACUUUGGCUCUCGCGUUCGCUACGAAGCGGAUGACGUACGAGAACCUUCUCGUUCGUGUCCUCGGGUCUUGCGAGACGAUGGCCAACGCCUCAGCCGUCUGCACGGACAAGACGGGCACGCUCACGCAGAACGAGAUGACGAUCGUCGCGGGUUCGCUCGGUGUCAAGGCCAAGUUUGUCCGCUCGCUCGAGGAGAACAAGGCGCGCACGAACGCCGCGGACUCGGAGGCUGCGCCGGAGGACAAGCUUUCGAAGCAGAGCGGCGACUUCUCGCUCGACCUCUCGGAACUCAACAACAUCCUCCCGGAGUCCCUGAAGACGCGCUUGAACGAGGCCGUCGCGAUCAACUCGACGGCUUUUGAGGACACGGACGCGGAGACCGGUAUCACCUCGUUUGUGGGGAGCAAGACGGAGACGGCGCUGCUGAAGUGGGCGAAGGAGCUGGGGUGGGGCGACUUCCGCGCGGUGCGGGAUGGCGCGGACGUCGUGCAGAUGAUCCCGUUCUCGAGCGAGCGCAAGGCGAUGGGCGUCGUCGUGCGCUCGAAGGAGGGCAAAUACCGCGUUUACAUGAAGGGCGCGAGCGAGAUCCUCAGCAAGCGCUGCUCAAGCCACGUCGUCGUCUCCAAGGAUGGCGCCUCGAGCUCAUCGGGCGACGUGGAGACCCAGCCAAUCGACCAGGCGGCGGCGGACAACAUCAGCCGGACGAUCAUCUUCUACGCGAACCAGACGCUGCGCACGAUCGCGCUGUGCUACCGGGACUUCGAGCAGUGGCCGCCUGCGGGCGCGGAGGUCGACGAGGAGGGCGAGGUCGCGUACGAUGUGCUCGCGAAGGACAUGGUUCUCCUCGGCGUCGUCGGCAUCGAGGACCCGCUGCGCGAUGGUGUCCGUGACGCGGUGGCCAAGUGCCAGCGCGCCGGUGUCGCGGUCAAGAUGUGCACGGGCGACAACGUUCUCACGGCCCGGUCUAUCGCGCUGCAGUGCGGGAUCUUCACGCCCGGCGGUAUCAUCAUGGAGGGCCCGACGUUCCGCGAGCUCUCGAAGGAGGACAUGCUGGAGAUCGUGCCGCGGCUGCAGGUGCUCGCGCGCUCGUCGCCGGAGGACAAGAAGAUCCUGGUCAACUCGCUCAAGUCGCUCGGCGAGAUCGUCGGUGUCACGGGCGACGGCACGAACGACGGCCCCGCGCUCAAGACGGCGAACGUCGGCUUCUCGAUGGGCAUCGCGGGCACGGAGGUCGCGAAGGAGGCGUCGGACAUCAUCCUCAUGGAUGAUAACUUUGCGUCGAUCGUGAAGGCGAUCAUGUGGGGCCGCUGCGUGAACGACGCGGUGCGCAAGUUCUUGCAGUUCCAGAUCUCGACGAACGUGACGGCGGUGAUCAUCACCUUUGUGUCUGCUGUUGCGUCCGACGAGGAGGAGUCGGUGCUUUCCGCUGUGCAGCUGUUGUGGAUCAACAUCAUCAUGGACACGUUCGCCGCGCUCGCGCUCGCCACGGACCCAGCGAGCGAGUCGCUGCUCGACCGCAAGCCGGAGAAGAAGUCCGCGCCGUUGUUCUCGGUGCACAUGUACAAGCAGAUCUUGUUCCAGUCCAUCUACCAGGUCACGGUCAUCCUCAUCUUCCACUUCAUCGGCUUGCGCAUUUUGGGCUUCGAGAAGAGCGAGAACAACGACUUGAAGGUGCAGACACUGGUCUUCAACGCCUUCGUCUUCGCGCAGAUCUUCAACUCGGUCAACUGUCGCCGGCUGGAUGACAAACUUAACAUCUUCGAGGGCGUCCUGCGCAACUGGUACUUCAUUUGCAUUACACUUCUUGAAAUCUGCAUUCAGAUCGUCAUCGUCUUCGUCGGUGGUGCUGCGUUCCAGGUCACUCGGAUCAGCGGUCGCGAAUGGGGCAUCUCUCUCGCGCUCGGUGUCGUCUCUAUCCCGCUCGGUGCUCUCAUCCGUUUGAUGCCUACUCCGCCGUUCCAGUGGCUCUUCCAAAAGGUUGGGCUCUUCGGCAAGCGGGAGGUGCUCCCGACGACUAGUCCCGAAGCCGAGGAGGACAAGUGGGCUGGCGCUGUCUCGCUCGUGCACGAUAACCUUGGGGCGUUCGCCAAUAUCCGCGGCGGUCGUGUUCGCUCGUCGUCGUUUGUCAUCAAGAGUCGGUCGGCGAAGCUGAACAAGGAUAAGCAUGGGGAUGCGGCGGUUCCGCCAGUUACUUGGUCCUCUAUGCUCACCAUGGCCCCGACGCUCAUGGCCGGCGCCGUCGUCGCCGGCCAAGGCUGGAAACAGCGCGGCUCGCUGUCCGACCCCGCCAGCACCGAUCCGUCCAGAUCAUCUGCCGCGUUAUGGGAAGGGAAGAUACAGCUGCAUCCGGACACGGACCCAGAAGACCCGGUUUACAAGCGCUUUGGCAGCGGUGGACGCAAUACUGUAUAA